UUCAGAAAGUCACAUUUGCUCUUGGACUUCACCAAAGUUGGCCUCCGUGCUAAACCUCGCUACAAGAAAGUUCAAAGUUUUGGAAACCUUUGAUUUGACCUGAAGAGGAAUAACUCUGAAGGAAGAACACCUGCAGAAGAACAUCUCCUGUUAAAACAACCUGUAAGAGAGAUGUCGUCUGCUCGACCCCCUGUGGAGGAGGAGAACCUGCGGACCAAAGAAGGACGGAUCCGCAGCUUCAUGGCUGGCCUCUUUCAGCGCUCACCUGCUGAGAGUCCUCCUACUGACACUGCCCUCCCUGACCACCAGGAGGAGGAGGAAGAGCUGGUUGUCGUCAGACCUGAUGACGUCGACGAACCUCCAGCUGCACCUUCAUCAGAUUCUGAGUCUGAACCUUCAGAUGGUUAUUAUCCUGAUCCCGAUCGUGUGUAUGAAGUGGUUUCUGAAGAUUCAGAUGAGGAGUCUGAUUGUCGGGGCUGGUAUGAAGGACUGAUCCCUCCAGGGUUUGAUCUUGCUGGUCCUUUACUCAUCCCGGAAAACACCAACCUGAACCCGGCUGAUCCAGAGUUUCAGUUUUUCUUUGAAGGAGUGAUCGAUACGCUGGACUCCUUAGAGGAUCAUGUGUAUCCACUGGAUUCAAACAGCAGUUCCUGGGAGACGAUAGAGGAGGAAGAUAUUGUGGGUGAUGUUGAGGAUGAGGGAGUGGUCCUUGAUCCUACUGGCCCUUUCAAUGAUCCUACUUCCUCUUACUUUGGCAUGGACCCUUCAGUCGUCACUCCUUUCCUCGAUAACUUGUUGGACAUACACAGACAGUGGUACUCUUCAUCCUCUAGCAGCUCUGAGGAGUACGAGGAUUACGAGGACUCUUACUCUUUCUAUUACUCUUACCCCUUGGAGGUAAUGGAGGAUCCUUUUGAGAGAAUGGAAUCCUUCAGAGGCUUUGAAGAGUACGAGAACUCUUACUCUUUUGCUGACCCCUGGGAGGUGAUGGAGGAUCCUUUUGAGCACAUGGGAUCCUCCAGAGGCUCUGAAGAGUACGAGGACCAGGUGCUUUCCUCAUCUGAAGGCUCCAGCAGCUCCAGAAGACGGGGCAGGGAAGAGAGUGAUGAUGAGGCAGAUGAUGAGGUAGGCGAGCCAGCUUCCAAGAGGGGCAGGUGGUCCUCAUCUGAAGGCUCCAGCAGCUCCAGAAGACGGGGCAGGGAAGAGAGUGAUUAUGAGGCAGAUGAUGAGGCAGGCGAGCCAGCUUCCAAGAGGGGCAGGUGGUGCUCAUCUGAAGGCUCCAGCAGCUCCAGAAGACGGGGCAGGGAAGAGAGUGAUUAUGAGGGAGAUGAUGAGGCAGACGAGCCGGCUUCCAAGAGGCGCAGGUGGUUCGAUGAGAGUGACUCAGACUGACUCCUACACAGAAAGGCUGAGAGUUCUCAUGGGAUCAUAAUCCACAUCUGGCAUCAGGAUGGAUUCUGAGACUUCACCACUUGGAGGAUCAUUAAUUCCCACUGGUAGCCCUUGCAACUGGCAGGGCUGGCGACACCCCAAGUAGCAUCUUGCACCUGGACUUUAUUUACUGCAGGGACUCUAAAGAGACCCUUUUCUAAAUCCUGAGGACUUGCCUUUGUGUCUGGCUGGGCAAGCAAAGCCCCAGGUGGCCUUUGCGUCUGGCAGGGCUGUCACGUCCCCGGUAGCGUCUUGCACCGGGGCUUUUCUGGACAAACUUUGACUUCAGUAUGAUGGAUCGACAUUUCUUGGAUCCUGAGGCCGGUCUCUGCGUCUGGCAGGGUCGGUGAUGCCUCGGGUAGCCCAUGCGUCUGGCAGGGCUGUCGACACAUCGUGCAUGACGAUGGACAGGACCCUUCAUCUUAAAGCUUGGACAUCUGGACAGAGGACUUUUAUGGACGAAUCUUUCAUUCAAGCACGAUGGAUCAACUUUUCUUUGAUCGUGAGUGUCAGUCUUUGCGUCUGGCAGGACCGACAAAGCCUCAUGUAGCCAUUGCGUCUGGCAGGGCAGUUGACACCUCGUGCAAGAAGACAGAAAGGACUACUUCACACUGACAGACAGGACCCUCCAAUAAUAAGAUGAAGAGGACUCUUCAGCUUGAAGACGGACAGAGACUUAACGCCUGGACAUCUGGACAGAGGACUUUUGUGGACAACUCUUUCAUUCAAGCAUGAUGGAUCAACUUUUCUUUGAUCGUGAGCGUCGGUCUUUGCGUCUGGCAGGACCGACAAAGCCUCAUGUAGCCCUUGCGUCUGGCAGGGCAGUUGACACCUCGUGCAAGAAGACAGAAAGGACUACUUCACACUGACAGACAGGACCCUCCAAAAAGAAGAUGAAGAGGACUCUUCAGCUUGAAGACGGACAGAGACUUAAAGCCUGGACAUCUGGACAGAGGACUUUUAUGGACAACUCUUUCAUUCAAGCACAAUGGAUCAACUUUUCUUUGAUCGUGAGCGUCGGUCUUUGCGUCUGGCAGGACCGACAAAGCCUCAUGUAGCCCUUGCGUAUGGCAGGGCAGUUGACACCCUGUGCAAGAAGACAGAAAGGACUACUUCACACUGACAGACAGGACCCUCCAAUAAAAAGAUGAAGAGGACUCUUCUCAAUUAAGACGGACAGAAACCUUCAUCAUGGAGACAGACAGGACACUCGGACACAAACAUAGACUGGAUUCGUUGACAUAGAUGUGGACAGAACCAUUUGACAGGAAGACGGACAGGACCCACCAACACAAGAUGGACAGAACCCUCACGUGGACAUAAAGAUGGGAAGGACUCUUCAGGUUGAAGACUGACUCCAACACAACAUGGACAGAACCUUCAAAUAUAAAGGGCAUGGGAUGGACAUUAUCCUCUUACGUUGGACCCUUUGACAUAGAAACAGAAAGGAUUUAUCAACAUGAAGCCGGACAGGACUUUUUGACUUGGAGACAGUAACAACGUUUUCUGAUGGAGAUGGACUCGGACUUCGGGACAGAUGAAUAAAACAAAAAGAGACUUAAUCAGGACCAAUGACCAGAGAACAAUAGACUAAGAGCCGAGCAGAACACCGGCCUGGAGCAGCAGCUUGGACCACGUGCAGCUUUAAAAACCUGGAGAACAACCCAGAGAAGAGCAGCAGAGAACAUCCUGAUCCAGCUCCUUCUUUAAGCUCACGUGGACAGAACAGAUAAGAUGAAGAAGGAGAGCUGCUCCUCCUCCCUGUGAAGGUACGUACACACUCCUGAUCCAGAACAGGAUGGAACGGGUCGCUGUUUUAAGGAUCUACAUACCCGUGUGUUUAGAUCAGAGCUCUUACUCUGUAUUUUAAAGACUAUUUGACGUCUCACUGACCAUUGUUUGUCUUUCUCAUUCCCCCUCCACCGCCUGAGCUGCCCCUGAUGUUAGUGGUGUAAAGAAUGCGAGUAUGAGCUUCUGACAUGCUUCAUGUUUAUCAGUCUCAAUAUUCAAUGAUUCAUGUUGUAGUUCAGGUGUGCAGCUUACUGACUCUGUGAUGUUUCUCUCCUUUCUUACCGGACCUCCUGAGCCACUGCCGGUCGCUGAGAUUGAAAACAGCAGGUUGUGACGCGAGGACAGCGAGCGUAGGACGUCCAUGGAUUCCUUGAUAACGAAGAAGAAGAAGAAACGCUCACAUCUGACCUGCAGGAGACUCUGGAGAGCAGACAGAGGACGCCUUCUGUCUCCAGAGUUCCAGGAAGUAGACGUCAACCAAACCACACAAAGUCCUGUGUCACCAAACUUUCUCACCUCAGCUGAUUUUGUUUUACCUUCAAUAAAACAGUCAAGUUUUCAAUGUGA